CACCAUGAUGAGAGGACUGGCUCUUUUGGUUCUUCUAACAACACUGUACCCGAUUGGAGCUGCAGAGGUUCCUGGACAGGUCUCUUUGACUGUGGUUGAACUUGGUGGAAAUGUUACGUUUCAGUGUCCAGUUUCUGAGACAGAAAAUAAAGUAUUUUACUGGUUCAAGCAGCGACUUGGAUGUACGAUCCAAACUGUUGCAACAAGAAUUUAUUCUCAACAAACAAUUAGUCCACAAUUUAACAACCAACGUUUCAGAGUCACAGCAGGAGAGAAUUCUUUGACCAUCAUGAAUAUCAGCAAAGAGGACGAAGCAACAUACUUCUGUCUUUAUGUAUCAGGGGUUUCACAUCGUUUUGGUGAUGGCACCUUCUUGGCUGUGAAAGAUGGAGGUCUGCAGAAAUCCUUCUACGUGGAACAAAGUCCGGAGGCUGAGUCCGUCCUGCCGGGCGACUCGGUGACCCUCCAGUGUUCUCUGGUCUCCAGGGACAAAGACGACGGGGUCCAGUGUCCACAUGGACGCAGCGUGUUCUGGUUCAGAUCUGGAUCAGGAGGAUCCCAUCCAGGCUUCAUUUACACUCAGGAUACACAACCGGGGAACACAAGUUGUGUCUACCGUCUGUCCAAAAGGAUCCAGAGCUCCUCUGAUGCUGGGACUUACCACUGUGCCGUGGCCUCAUGUGGAGAGAUCCUGUUUGGUGGAGGAACCAGAGUGGACACAAAAGGGUUCUGGUCCAUAUUUCUGCUCCCGCUGGGUGUUGUCGUGGUUCUUAGUUUGAAUGCUACAGCCGUCCUCAUUUACGUCAUGAAGAAAAACAAAUGUGAUUAUUGCAAUAAUGAAGCGGCUGCUUCUUUGCUAGAAAACGUUGCAAAAGGGAAUUUCAAGAGGAAUGAAGACACGUGGACUUAUUCUACUGCCGUCUUCACCGUGAUGAAGUCUGGUGGAAGGAGGCGCGCAGAGGGAGCGCAGAGGGAGCGCAUCCACGCUGCUGCCAAGGCCUCCGGGUCGGAUUAGCAUGUUUCCUCAGUGAGAUCAGCUGGUACCGCGUGUGAUGGAAGUCCAGAGGCUGUUAUAUGUGGCCGAUACGCAGUGAUGAGCAUAUGAUGUGUGUUUUGAUGUGUUCUGCUCACGGAAUGAUGCAAAGAGGGAGAGCAGCA